AUGACUAAAAAAAGGAAACAUCAAGAAGAUUUCCAGAAAGUGAAAUUAAAAGUUGGGAAAAAAAAGCCUAAACUAGAGAAUGCAACUGAUACUACCUUCAGAACAAAGGCCAUACAAAUUCCUGAGCAGCUUAAAGAAGAUGGAGUGCUUCCUACGCAAAAUAGAAAACUUAACAUAAAGGAUCUGCUUUCACAGAUGCAUCACUAUAGUCCCGGGGUUAAGCACAAUGCACUUCUUGGGCUCAAAGAUCUCCUAUCUCAGUAUCCGUUUGUAAUUGAUGCACACCUUUCAAAUAUAAUAAGUGAGGUGGCAGCUGUGUUUACAGACAAAGAUUCUGGUGUCAGAGGAGCAGCUGUUCACCUGCUGCAAUUCUUGGCUUCAAAAAUAAGAGCGGAACAGAUUGCUCCGUUUUUUCCUUUGGUAAGUGCCCAUCUCUCCAGUGCCAUGACUCAUAUCAGUGAGGGAAUUCAGGAAGAUUCAUUGAAAGUCUUGGAUGUUUUAUUGGAAGUGUACCCAGCUCUUCUCACAGACCGCAGCAGUAUAUUGUUGAAGAAUUUUGUAGAGCUUAUUUCUCACCAGCAGCUGUCAAAAAGACUGAAAAGCAAAGAGAAACUUUCCUGGAUGCUCUCUGUUAACCCAAAUCGCAGAGUAACUUCUCAGCAGUGGAGGCUGAAUGUGCUUACCAGGCUCAAGAAGUUUCUCCAAGCAGUGGUGGAUGGAUCCAGUGAGAUAGAGGAUGAAGGGCUUCAAGAACAAAAGGAUAGCCCUCAGUCUAUGAGGAGCCCAAUAUGUAUAAGUUGGAAGGUCCAUGCAAAUAAUCAGCAACAUAUACAACUGUUUGAAAAUGGUGGCUUACGACCAAAGAUCAACUCAUCGUUUAGACUGAGGUCUCUGACAAGUGUAAUGGACAGUGCAGAAAAAGGCCUGUCCUCGGCUGAAAACUUAAAAGGUUUUAUUGAAAUAAUAAUUCCAUUAUUGAUUGAGUGCUGGAUUGAAGCCUCUCCUGCACAAUCAGCUCCCAUUCUUGGAAACCUUUUGGAAUCAGAAUCUCAGCAGCUUAUGCAGCAAGUGCUUAGUAUAAUACAUUUAUUGUGGAAACUCACAAAGCGACAUGAUGAAACAUACAAAAUGGAGCUGUGGCUUCGAAUGAAUUACCUUGUUGAUUUCAAGCACCACUUCAUGCGUCAUUUUCCUUAUUCUCUACAAGAAACGGUAAAGCACAAAAAGAGAGAUUCGUGCAAAGGCAACAGGUAUUGUAUGUCAUCCUCAAACAGCGUAGACCAUCUUUUACUGAAUUUAACCUUGUGUGACAUAAUGGUUUCACUAGCAAGCACUUCAACACUGCAGAUGGAUUCUGGCUGGCUGGACAUGAUACGGAAAUUUGUGACAGACACUCUUCAGGACGGCAGCAAGCUGAAUAGUAAGCAGGUGAACAGAUUGCUUGGUGUGACUUGGAGACUAAUGCAAAUACAGCAAAACAAAGUGGCAACAGAACCCUUGAUAAAAGCAGUAUAUACACUAUACCAGCAAAGGAAUCUCCUCUUUCCGGUUCGUACAUUGCUUUUGAAAUUUUUUAGCAGAGUUUACCAAAAAGAAGAUUUGAGGACUCAAAGAGUCAGAAGUCGAAGUAAAGUUCUGUCUCGUUGGCUGGCUGGCUUACCUCAGCAACUUGCUCUGCUUGGCUUGCGAAAUCCGGAGCUCUCGAAUCAGCUGAUUGACAUCAUACAUUCUGCUGCUUCUCGUUCGAACAAGGAACUAUUACAAAGUUUACAAGCCACGGCUGCUCGGAUAUAUGAUUAUCAGACAGCUGCAGGUGGUCUCUGGGCAUUUGAUCUUUUUGGCAGAAGAUGCAAGAGGCAGCCAGAGCGUGGUUGUUCUUACCAAAAAUCAUCCUUUGCAGGCUGGAAGUGCCAAGUGCAGGAUAAUUCAGUGAAUGAUGUGGACUAUUUCAGCUUCUUGUUUUCAACCCUUAUAGGGUUUUCAAGAGAGGAGUUGACUAGUCUCCAGGGCAUUAGAGGAAAACCACACAUUAGCCAGACACAGCUUUCACCUGUCCGUCUUUACCUAACUGAUCUGGACCAGUUUUUACACCACUGGGCUGUGACAGAGAUGAUCUGUCACAGCUUGUCCACUAUACCUUCUCAAAGUCAGUGUUUUGACAUUCUCCAGACUGGCAUCUGUAAAUAUCUGGUUGGAUUGGUUGUAAUACCCGAUAGCACAGCUGGAUCUGUUCUAUGUGCCAUAAAUAAGCUCUUGGAUCAAGCCUGUAUCCUAAGUGAAAACCUGCACAAGUUCCUAGCCUCUUGCUGUUACAGUCUUCUGUACUUUCUGCUGACUUUAGACAAGGAGGAUGCAGAACACAUACAGAAAAGAGAUAUGCUGUGGGGAUCAUGCAUUUCUGCAUUAGCACUCCUGCCACGACUACUGAGACUGAUGCUGCAGAGUCUGCAAGUGAGCAGGAUCUGUCGGGAAGAGCUGCCCGUCGUUGCUCAGUUGCUUCGCUUACUCAUGCAGCACGGUCAGCUCAGGAGCCAUAUGAUCACCAACGAAUUUCUGGUGCAACAGAUUAUCAAGGACAUCAUGACACUGAAGAGUGGUGAAGUUCAAGAGCAGUGGCUAACAGACCUCCAUUACUGUUUCAACAUCUACCUUGCCUCUCACCCCCAGGGACCUGGCCCUAUGAACGCAGUGUAUUAAAGAGGUCGAACUGCAUUUAUUGUAAAGCAUUUACUUCUAUUUAGUUUUGAAUGGAAGAUGUUGGAACAAAGCUCAUCAAUUUUUUUGUAAGUGAAACAGAAUAAAAAUUUUACAAAGAACUGCA